AUGAUUGUCCGACAACAAUCGCCUCUCCUGAGGCUACCUGUCGAGAUCCAACUGAUCAUCUACGAGUUUGCCGUUGUGGACGACACGCCUCUUCUCCUGAACUGCCCGUGCGACAGCACGUACGACUGCGAAGAAGACUGGCUGGAAGACCAGAGUCUUUGGAGCAAUGGAACCAAGCAGCAGCCGCAACAACCAGGACUCACUCGAGCCUCUAGAUUCCUCCGAGCCGUUACUCUCCCGAUGUUCUACGAGCGCAACGUAUUCAGAGCACAUUAUUGCUUCAACACCGACGUAGACUUCGCUAUCAAGUGGCUGGAUCGCAUCGGCUCAGAGAACCGGCGGCUUCUUCAAGACUUCUGCUUCAUUGAUGACAACCUCGCCUUCGACGAUAUGUAUCCUAAUGAUCUGAUGCAUCUACGGCGAAGUGCUGUCAUCCGCAAGAUGGGAGGAGCCAUCGAGCCCAAGCAUGCCGACUACCAGCUGCGUCAUCGCGUUUCGUUCCUCAACGACGACGGCGACGAAUACUUGGAGCUGAUUGCCCGACUGUUUGACCAUUAG